AUGGGGAUUCAUGAAGAAUCUGCCCUUGUUCAGCUUUUGCAGAGAAACGCCACCAGCAACUUUGACAAAAGAAGCCCUGAACGGGUCUGGAAGUGGGUGAGAGAGAGGAAAGCUGCUGCUAUGUCAAGCUCUAAUGGCGGAAAACAGAAGCAGACAGACGAGGUGACAUCCUCACAGGAGAAGGAGCUGGCAGAAAAAGAUGCCACCAUAAGAGCUUUGGAAGAGGAGAACAAGACGUUAGCCAGCGAACUGGCCCAUCUUCUGGAGCGGAAUGAGGAACUCAAGCACUUAACAAAUCUUGAUCCAGAAAGAGAGGCUGACAGAAAGGAGUUGGAGGUUGCAAUAUUGAAGAAAAAAUUGGAAAUGGAGCAGAAGGCAAUCAGCCGACUCACCGCUGAGGUCUCAAGAGAGAGGGAGAGGAGAAGAGACCUCAUGAGAGCGCGGGACCGGGCAAUCGAUGCCAUCUGCUCCCAGCUACUGUCUAUCCCUUAUUCGGAGAGAAGAUUGUCGGUGAGCUUUGUCCUUCUGCUUCUGGGAGAGAAAGAGACAUAUUUCAAUUGA